AUGAAUGUCCACAACUCCAAGAGGAUAACACCUUGGCAGCUACCAAUGCUUAUUACAAUAGUCCGAAUCAAGGGUACUAUCAACAAGGAGGGUGGAAUCAAUGCCAUCACCUUGAGGUCUGGCACUACAUUGCAAGAGAGGAGUCCCGAGGAGCCAAGCUCAAGACAAGCCAUUCAAGAUGAAGAUGUUAUUGAGUUAGAAGAUGUUGAAGAAGAGGAUGAGGCACAAGAGGUGGUUGAAGAAGAAGUUGCUCAACCAAGGGAUGGAGUUUCUAAGGAAGACAAUGUUUUGAAAGAGGCCAUUCCCAUUCCUUUUCCACACCUAGCUAGGAGGGCUAAAAAGCAAGUGGAGCUAGAUCCCAAGAUGGUGGAUAUCUUCAAAAAAGUUGAGGUAACUAUUCCCCUUUUUGAUGCUAUUCGUCAGGUUCCUAAGUAUGCUAAGUUACUAAAGGAUUUGUACAUGAAUAAGGAGAAGAUUCAUGAUUUAGAAACUAUUCUUUUGGGUAGCUCGAUUUCUGCUUUGAUGGGUGCUAUACCGGAGAAAUGUGGUGAUCCCGGCCCUUGUAUGGUUACUUGCACUAUAGGCGGUAUACAGUUUGUUGAUUGCAUUUGUGACUUAGGCACUUGCGUCAGCAUUAUGCCUUUAUCUGUAUUUGAUGCAUUGAAGCUUCCACCAUUGAAAAGGUCGGCAACCCGUUUUGUUUUGGUAGAUAAAAGCAUAAUUUCUGUGGUUGGCAUUGUAGAAGACGUCUUGGUGAGCAUUAAGGGAUUGAUUUUUCCUAUUGAUUUCUACAUUCUUGAGAUGCCCCCUAAUGACUCUGGGAGACCAUCAUCUAUCUUGCUUGGGAGGCCGUUCUUGAAGACCUCUUAG